AUGAAAAGUUAAUUAUAAAGAAGUUCAUAUGGAGAAUUAUCAUCCAUUCGUUCAUAUCCAACAGAGAAAUUGAACACUCAGUCUGACAGUGAAUUGGUUGAAGUUGACAUGGAUAAACUCAAUUUUCAUUCAUUUUACUAGCCCUCAGAUCCUAUUCAAUCAUAAUCCAAUUAAGUGGAAGGAGAGCUAUUCAUUAGAGAUUUUAUUAAAAGAGUAAUUGCCAAAGUCUCAAAAAAAAUCACUGAGAAUGAACAAAUCAAAAUGCUGCCACUCAUUGGUUAUUAAUCAUCCAUUGAUAGAAUGUCACAUCCGAUUCAAUAAUACUUUAGACAACACGAAGAUCCUACACUUGAUUAUUUGACUGGUGGAUUACAAGAAGAUGAAGAACCUGUAAAUUAAACUUUUCAAUUGAUAGGUUAGAUUCCAACAAGAAUAAUGGUUGGUUCAAAAGGUUUUAUCAAUACCUGCCAAGAUAUUGGAAGUAGAAUAAUAAAGCACUAAUUCUAAUCGAUAAUCCCUAACUGCUCAAACCUUUAAGAGAUCAAGAGUCUUAAUAUAAGUAUUGAAACAUCUUUUUAAACUUUAGGAUUAAGCUUAAAUGAAUAAUUAAAAAAAUGUAAAAGAAAAAGAAAAAUUACCUGGAAUAGUUGAUCUCAAUGAUCCCUUAGAUAUCAGUCUAACUGAAGAAUUACUGAGAGCAUAGAAGGAGAGAGAUUAUAAAAUUAUGUAAGAUCUAAAAGAACAAGAAAGAAGAAGAAAACAAAAAGAGCUAGAGGAGUAAUAAUUGAAAUAUGAACUUAUAUCUAAAGAUAAAAAAUCUAAAUCAUACACUUAUGAUUAUGAUGGAAAAUUGAUUUCUGUCACUACUUUGAAAGGUCAUAAAUUUCCACCUACUGCUGCAACAUUAGGGUAUUUAAAUUAAAAAUUAAGAGAUCCAAGUUUGAAGAUGGCCAAACUAAGAUUAACAUGUUCAAUAAGAGAAAAACCUUUUUUUAGAGUCAAGGUUCCUAAAUCAAAAGGAAAUAGGAUGAUGAGAAGGAAAAGGAUACUAAGGAAUAAAUUAAAUUUUAGUCUAUUGCACCUCUUGUCAAUGAAAAUAUGCAUUUAUAAUCUGGAGUUCUCAUCAUACAAGAAGGCAGAAUUAGAGAAGGCCCAAGAGAUCAACCAAUUAAUCUUGAUAAAAUGAGUGAUCCUGCUUUAAGGAUGGUCAGAAAUGAAUACUUGUCUUUGACUUAGUAAAUCAAUGCAUCCCAUAAUUAAUCAUCUGCAUAAUUAGUUAAAGCAGAAGAAGCUUAAGUUAAAGAAUUUUCAAAUGACUAAGAUAAAAAAUAAAUUCUGAAUAGAAUUCGCAGGUUAAGUCAACCAAGCAUUACAAGUGAUGGAAAUAUUAAGUAAAUUAANUUACCCCACUGAGAAAUUGAAUACUCAGUCUGAUAGUGAAUUGGUUGAAGUAGACAUGGACAAACUAAAUUUUCAUUCAUAUUACUUAGCCUCUGAUCCAAUUCAAUUAUAAUAAACCUAAGUGGAAGGAGAGCUUUAUAUUAGAGAUUUCAUUAAAAAGUUAAUAGCCAUAGUCUCAAAAAAAAUCACUGAAAAUGAGCAAAUCAAAAUGCUACCAAUCAUAGGCUAUUAAUCUUCAAUAGAUAGAAUGUCACAUCCGAUUCAAUAAUACUUUAGACAACAUGAAGAUCCUACUUUUGAUUAUUUGACUGGUGGAUUACAAGAAGAUGAAGAACCUGUAUUCAAACUUUCUAAUUGAUAGGUUAGGUUUCAACAGGAAUAAUGGUUGGUAUAAAAAAUAAAUUCAAUACCUGCCAAGAUAUUGGAAGCAGAAUAACAAAGCACAAAUUCCAAUCGUCAAUCUUUAACUGCUUAAACAUUUAUGAGAUCAAGAGUCUAAAUUUAAGUAUUUGAAACUUAUUUCUAAAUUUUAGGAUUAGGCUUAAUUGAAUAAUUAAAAAAAUGUAAAAGAUAAAGAAAAAUUACCUGGAAUAGUUGAUCUAAACGAUCCCCUAGAUAUAAGUGCAACUGAAGAAUUAUUAAGAGCAUAAAAAGAAAGAGAUUAUAAAAUUAAAUAAGACUUAAAAGAACAAGAAAGAAAGAGAAAACAAAAAGAAUUGGAAGAAUAACAGCUAAAAUAUGAUCUCAUAUCUAAAGAUAAAAAAUCCAAAUUAUACACUUAUGAUUAUGAUGGAAAAUUGAUUUCUGUAGUGACAUUGAAAGGCCAUAAAUUUCCACCUACAGCUGCAACAUUAGGGUAUUUUAAUUAAAAAUUGAGAGAUCCAAGUUCGAAGAUGGCCAAACUAAAUUAAGCAUGUUCAAUAAGAGGAAAACCUUUUUCUAAAAUUCAGGUUCCCAAAUCAGAAAAAAGCAAGAGGAUGAAAAAGACAAAGAUACCAAAGAACAAAUUAAAUUUUAAUCUCUAGCUCCCCUUGUUAAUGAAAAUAUGCAUUUAUAAUAAGGAGUUCUUAUGAUUCAAGAAGGUAGAGUUAGAGAAGGGCCAAAGGACUAGCCGAUCAGUCUAGAAAAAAUGAGUGAUCCUGCUUUAAGAAUGGUCAGAAAUGAAUAUUUGUCUCUGACUUAAUAAAUUAAUGCUUCUCAUAAUUAAUCAUCUGCAUAACUAGUCAAAGCUGAAGAUGCUUAAAUUAAAGAUUUCACAAAUGAUCAUGAUUAAAAAUAAAUUCUCAAUAGAAUCCGUAGAUUAAGUUAGCCUAGUAUAACAAGUGAUGGGAAUAUAAAGUAAGGAUAGUUAAACUAUUCCAUAGGAUUAACUCGAUGUAAAUUUACGAAUAAGUGGCUCAAGUUAUUUUUGAUGAAAAAGAACAAUUUCCUAUAUCUUUUGCUAAACCAAAUAAUAAUAAUACUAAAGAUAUGAGAAUGAUGAGAUCUCCAACUGAUCAGUAUAACAUUUCGCUCUAUAAAAAUACGGCUUGGGGCAAAGAAGUUCCAUCCACUUAGAGUAAUACUACAAAACUGAAAGGCAAUAAAGCUAGUGCUAAGUAAAGAUUUCAUUAUGUACAAUAGAGAUAUUUUGUCUACUGUUGGAAUAGUCGUAAAAAGAACUAGGGAAAGAAGAGGUAAUUCAGAAACUACACAUCUACCAAAAAUGAAAAAUAUUUCUCAAAUUUGA